AUGAUGGAUGGAGAUCCGAGCCAGUUUCGACAGUUGUAUAGAAUGUAUCCUAACGUCUUCAUCAAAUUAUGCCAGAUCAUUAGGAAGAAAGCCCAUGUGGAUGACACACGAUACACAAAUGUUGAAGAAAUGUUGGCAACAUUCCUCAUCAUUGUAGGACACAACAAUCGUUAUUGUAACGUUCGUGAAAGGUUUGGUCGUUCGCAUUUUGCUGCUAGUCAGAACUUCAACAAAAUCUUGAGAGCAUUGAACACCAUAGCAUCGGACAUGAUGGUUAAGCCGACUGGCACAAUACUCGCUAAAAUUCGGGAAAGUACCAGAUUUAAUCCUUACUUCAAGGAUUGUAUCGGGGCUAUAGAUGGCACUCAUAUCCCGGCCAUGAUAAGAGGUAGAGACGUGAGCUGUUAUCGUAACCGUCAUGGGGUGAAUUCGCAAAAUGUUUUGGCAGCUUGCAACUUUGAUUUGCAGUUCAUCUAUUUUUUGGCUCUGUUACGUGGCGUUCGAUAUCAUCUCAAAGAUUUCGGUGGUCAAGGUCGUCAUCCAAGAAAUGCAGAUGAGUUGUUCAAUCUUCGACAUGCAUCAUUGCGAAACGUGAUUGAACGAAUUUUUGGAAUCUUCAAAUCACGUUUCACAAUUUUCAAAACAGCUCCUCCGUUCCCAUUUCAAACACAAGCAGAGUUAGUAUUGGCUUGUGCUGGAUUGCAUAACUUUCUCCGAAAGGAGUGUCGUUCUGAUGAAUUUCCAGUCGAAGUUGAAGAAGGAAAUGUUGCACCAGAUGUUGAGAACAAUGCAGACAUUUUAGAAUAUCUUUCUCAAAGCCAACUGUCCCAGCGGAAUGAAGCGAAUAUAGGGAGAACAAAUAUUGCUAAUGCUAUGUGGCAAAAUAGGCCAAUAUAUGAAACCGAUCAAGACGAUCAGGCGGAGACCGAAGAUAAUGUUUAG